UCUGCUUUGAGUAGAGAAGCCGAGUAGACCGGGAUCCACUACCUCUCUUUGUCUUUCAUCUUUACCGAAGAGGAGGCGACGAAAUGAAGCACAAAAGAAAGAACAAAAUCGAACAAAGAGAGAGUAGAUAUGGUCAAUGCGUUGUAAUUUUCUCGUUUCUGUUAAUCGAGGCGGUAAAGGAAUCCGUCGUUUUUGUUAUCGUAUGACUAAAAAUCCGCUUUUGGGAUGUGUUCUAAAGGAAAGAUCGGACUUUGAGGUCAUGAAUCACAUGGGGGUGGGGAGCAGGUGGCAUUCCCACAGCUGAUGUCGACGUCUUGGAUUUGGUUUUCUUGGGUUGCUUCCUUCUCUAGUUAUUUAAUUCUCACACGCUGCUGCUGUCAUUAAUGGCGAAUUGGGAGGUUACAGUUGUUGCUGGUGAUUUGCUGGACGUCUUCGUUUCCCUGUGAGGCACCUGCAGCUGUUCAAUGCAUAAACGGAAAAGAGAGGGAAAAAGCUCACACGGACUUGGGAAAGGAGAUUUUGGCUUGCUAAUAGAGAAGGAUGGUCCCUUACUAGAAGCAGGAUCAACCCAAGUUCGCCAAUCUUUGUGUCCCAGAAAAUGGGCCUUUUGGAAGUCUCAUUGCCGAUUGAUCCAGUCAAGCAAGAUGUUGGUACAGAAGAAAGUAGACUAAGAUUAAUCAGAACCAGAGAGACGCGGUCCUCAAAUUUGGUACACUCUCCUAAGACUUAUAGAUCAUUGUUACAAGGAUCUGAAGCAAAAUUCUCUCAAGAGUUGAUCUUUUCUUGCUCAAGUACCAGAUCAACUUCCUCUGACCUGUCUGCUUCACCGGCACAUAGCUUUGUCACCUCAGCGCUUGUUUACUGUGUCUGGGAAAGUAGCAUGCCUUAUUUCUUAUUUGUUGUAGAUGAUGAUGGAGGUGACGUAUAUGUGGCUCAUCCUCUGAAGAUUAGUCCCUCUGUUGAUAAGUCCCUGGAUUACAUUUAUCUGUUCCAUUCAUGGAAAGCAAGCAGAACUGCAUCAAACAAAAAUGUUUCUAAUGCUUCACAUGUUGUUGGAAAGAUGAAGGUAUCGAGUUCUUUAAUUGUGAAUUCCAGAAGAUCUAAAUUCAUGGAAAUUGAGUUUGUUUUAUUUGGUGCCAAUGAAGAAUAUUCGAAAGAAAAGGAAAAGCCAUUAUCAAAUGUCAAGAAAAGUAAUGGGCAAUCCAAAAAGGUGGUUGAGAUGUUUAGGCCAAGUCAUUCAUCCAUGCACAAUCCUAAACUUAAGUUUGGCGAAUCAGGUUCUCGGUUUGAGGACCUGUGGCAAUUUUUUUCUAAUGAGUUACAAACUAUUUAUGAAUCAGAUUGUGCAGAUCAGCUCACAAAUGGUUUCCCACCCAAUCUUGAAUUGGCGGCAAUAGUUGUCGGAGAUCACAGAUAUAAUAGCUCAAAAGAUGUAGCUUUUGGUGGUUGGGGCCUCAAAUUCCUUGAGAAAGUUGAACUCAAUGAUGCUGAUUUUUCUCAAGGGGUGCCAUCAUCUUCUUCCAAAAGUUGUAAAGAGAAAUCCGAAAGUGAUAGGAAGAAGACUGCCAGGAAUGUGACUGUUUUAGUUCCGGAUGGAUUUCAUGGAGGACCAGUUGCCGAAUUUGGUGGUCCUUCUAAUCUUAUUGAUAGAUGGAAGACAAAUGGACAUUGUGACUGUGGGGGGUGGGAUGCUGGGUGUCCUAUAAAAAUACUAAACAGUGAGUCUAACAGUUCAAAGAUUUUGCCCCAGGCAGAGAUGGGAGAGGAUCACAAGUCAUUUGAACUAUUUAUAGAGGGUCAUAAGCAUGGAGAACCUGCUUUCCAAUUGUUGAAUGUGAGCAAAGACACAUACGUCGUUAAUGUUCAGCCAACUCUAUCGGCUCUUCAGUCUUUCUCCAUAGGAGUUGCAGUCAUCCAUUCCCAGACACCAGAUCUGUAUCCAAAUUUGUGAUUUAUGGAAGUUCUGAAAGAGUAGGAGAUUUCUCCAUCAACUCAAGCCCAUCUUGCUUAAAUUCCAAGUUGGCUUCAGCUCAGUAACUUUCUGAAGUCAAUUGUAGCAGUUGAAUUUGCAUGGACUUGCUCUGUUAUACAGAAAGGAUUCAAUCAUUCUUAUCAGCAAAAAGUAAAUCUUGGAAUAGAAUCAGUCCUUGUGCUUGCAUGUGCUGUUUAGUCAUCUUUCUGUCACAGUUUCUGAAUUUCUCUGAUUCUUUGUUUUUCUUUUUUGUGUGCUUCUUUUGCGGUAAAAUAAAAUAGAUCUGCUCAUGUUUUUCAUCUAUGGAUGACAGAUGACUCAACACAACAUAUGAAAAUUAAUCAGGAAUAUGUGUGGUUCUAAAUGUAAGAGCUUAUAUCUCAAUAUGAUCUUAAAUUUCUAAUCAA